AUGGCGCUGGUAACAAAAGCUGAUGUUCGGCUUCACUUAUUAUGCAUAUUCUUUGCGAUUGGCUCGUUCGUCUGGGGCUACAAUGUCGGAAUCCUCUCAUCUGUCCUAGUCCAUCCAGGAUUCCUUAAGGCGAUGGGCCAUCUUACACCGUCGCGAAAGGGAGUAAUCACAGCUAUCUAUUACUUGGGAACAUGCUAUAUAUUCAUCUCGCACCCUGUCAGCGAUCUCUUCGGGAGGCGGUACGCAGCCAUGGCGGGUAUACUAACCGUCGCCGUCGGUAACGCUUUCGAAUCUGGAGCGUCUGGCUCGGGUGCGUACGCUAUGAUGAUAGUCGGCCGAAUUAUAUCUGGUAUUGGAGUGGGCAUGCUGUCAACUUCAGUGCCCCUAUACCAAAGCGAGGUUGCUCCAGCAGGGAAACGUGGGAAAUAUGUCGUGUUAAAUCACGUCGGUUUUGUUGCCGGUCUAGCAUCGGGUUUCUGGGUUGGAUAUGGAGCGACGUUUUGGAAUACAACAGAGUAUGGCAUUUACGUAUCAUGGCGAGUUUCCCUUGCCGUGGUACAGGUCCCCUGUGUCAUUUUUGCAGUCGGACUCCCUUUCAUCCCUGAAACCCCUCGUUGGCUUAUUGAGCAUGGCCACUAUAAUAAAGCUCAAAGGUCGCUGCACUGGUUACGAGAAGGUAGCUUUACGGAGGCCGAGGUAGACUCCGAAUUGACGCGUAUCCGAGAGGACGUGGAAGCGCACCGGGCAUCAGGAGAAGCUAAUUGGUUGUCCUUAUUUCGAGAUCGCAAUCUGUUCGAGCGGCUAUGGCGCGCGUCAUUGCUUCAGUUCAUGGCACAGAUGUGUGGCGCUACCGCUAUGAAGUAUUAUCUUCCAACACUCUUCGCUAAGCUCGGCCUUCCUACGCGCGUUACGCUGCUGGCUGGAGGCAUCGAGUCGACCCUGAAAAUCGGUAUGACAGUUAUCGAGAUGCUCCUCAUCGACCGCCUCGGCCGAAGAGUAACAUUGACGGCAGGAUGUGUCGCAAUGGGUUUUGGCAUGUUGAUCAACGGAGCGUUAGGCCAAGUAUAUCCGGAUAAUACCAAUAGAGCCGCUGAUGUAGUCUGUAUCGUAUUCAUCUUCAUCUAUGCUUUGGGCUACAGCAUGGGUUUCGGCCCGGCAGCUUGGGUAUACGGUUCCGAGAUAUUCCCUACCUCUGUUCGUGCUCGUGGACUUAAUUUCUCUGCGUCGGCCGGAGCUAUCGGGUCUAUUGUCGUGGCUCAAGUUUGGCCUGUCGGUAUCGAUACAAUUGGCUCCAAGAUCUAUUUCUUCUUCAUGGCAGUCAAUAUCGUCUGCAUUCCAAUCAUCAUCCUCUUCUACCCUGAGACGAAGGGUCGACCGCUAGAGGACAUGGACUUGCUAUUUAACAAAGCUAUUGGAGGAAUCGGCGAGGAGGCUGACGAGGUCGACGAGCAUUCCGAGCCUGUGCUGCCUAAGAAUAUCAGCCGUCCAUCACAGAGCUAA